AUGAAGCGUUUCGGCGCCCGAGUCCUCUCGCGAGGCAAGGACUCGAGCAAGUCCUCUAAGAAAAAUAAGGAUUCGAAGGACGGAACAGCGUCGCCAAACGCGGCAGCUUCCAAUCAAUCGCCUGUCUUGACUCCGUCAUCCUCUACCUCAACCCUCAACGACAUUCGUAACAAGCCGCUGCCGCCCAACAGCGCUGCCCAUCCCGAUCACGCCGCCCUCGGUGGCCAAGCCCAGCCCGGCAACCCCGCCGCGAACCCCGGUGCACAGGAUAGAUUCAAUGCAGGCGGUCCCGGACAGGGCGCUAAUGGCGCCGGUACACCUGCUCGGCAUGGACCUCUCCCUCCGACCGUCAUAAUCAGCCCAAGUGCUCCGCAUGUCCCACCACCGGGUGCCGCCGAGACCAUGCCCCACGACCUCGCCCCGCCGAAAGCUGGUCAGAAGUCGUUGAUGUACGAUCGCCUACAGCAGACUCCGAAGGAUGUCCUCGAAGGUCCUAAGACGCCGAGACGGCAGCAUUCGUCCCGCUUCGACAUCUCGGCCCACCGUGAGCUGGAGAAAUUGCCCGGCUUCCACGAGGUGCCGCCCGGACGCCGUGAGGACUUGUUCAUGAAGAAGAUCGAGCAAUGCAAUGUCAUUUUUGACUUCAACGAUGCGAGCGCCGACAUGAAGCCGAAGGAAAUUAAGCGAUUGGCCCUCCACGAGCUCCUCGAUUACGUCGCGAACAACCGACAGGUUAUCACGGAACCCAUGUACCCGGUCGUCGUGGGCAUGUUCGCCAAGAAUUUGUUCCGCCCCAUCCCCCCCCCCAUGAACCCCCAGGGUGAGGCCUUCGAUCCGGAGGAGGACGAGCCCGUGCUGGAAGUCGCCUGGCCGCACAUCCAGGUCGUUUACGAGUUUUUCUUGAGGUUCAUCGAGAGCCAGGACUUCAACACAAACAUCGCAAAGGCCUACAUCGACCACAGCUUUGUGCUCCAGCUCUUGGAGCUAUUUGACUCGGAGGACCCUCGGGAGCGGGACUUCCUUAAGACGACCCUGCACCGGAUAUACGGCAAAUUCCUGAACCUCCGGUCGUUCAUCCGCCGCUCUAUCAACAACGUCUUCUUCCAGUUUACGUACGAGACAGAGAGGUUCAACGGUAUUGCUGAGCUGCUGGAGAUCUUAGGCUCCAUCAUUAACGGAUUUGCCCUGCCGCUCAAGGAGGAACACAAGCUUUUCCUUACUCGAGUUUUGAUCCCCAUGCACAAGGUGAAGAGCUUGAGCAUGUACCAUCCCCAGCUCGCCUACUGCAUCGUGCAGUUCCUUGAAAAGGAUGCUUCACUGACAGAAGAGGUUGUUCUGGGGCUUUUGCGCUUCUGGCCCAAGGUCAACAGCACCAAAGAGGUCAUGUUCCUAAACGAGGUUGAAGACAUCUUUGAGGUAAUGGACCCGGCCGAGUUUGCCAAGGUGCAGGAACCGCUUUUCCAUCAACUCGCCAAAUCCGUGGCAAGCCCGCAUUUCCAGGUCGCUGAGCGUGCUCUAUACUUUUGGAACAACGAGUAUUUUUGCAACCUCGUUAGCGACAAUGUGGAAAUCAUCCUGCCGAUCAUGUUUGCCCCUCUCUACGAGAACUCGAAGGGUCACUGGAACAGAACCAUCCAUGGCAUGGUGUAUAACGCCAUGAAACUCUUCAUGGAGAUCAACCCCCAGCUCUUCGACGACUGCUCGCACGAGUACACCGAGCAGCAAAACAGCGCUGCGUCUAGGGAGGCCCUUCGCCAGAGGAAAUGGGCCGCCAUCCAAGACCAAGCCAAUCGGAGGAACGGCGUCAAUGGAAAUGGCAAUGCCAACCCGGCUGCCGGCGCACCCGCCGGAGGGGCGUUAGCAUCAGCACAGUGGGUCGCGGGCUCAGGACUCCCCCGCGUGGACGAGGCUGACGCAGCCGAAGACAACCAGAAGAGGCUGAACUCGCUUAAGCUGCAGGAUGGUGACCGAGCGGGCCGCCGACCGGAUAUGCACGACAGGCAGAACUCGGUUGGCUCGGCCCGCAGCCGGUGA